UUCUAUCGACCUUUUAAGAAUUUUUAAACGAUUGCGAAGCUGUCAUACAGUCGGGUCAGAAAAUGUCAGCUGCGUGAGAACAAAAUAAUAGAGACGUAUUUUUGCCUAAAAUCAAUUAAAUAUCUUCUGUGUUUGUUUUCAAAAUGGGUGCAUUAACAAGUAGGCAAAAUGCUGGUGUAGAAGAAGCAGAUGUGGUGUCCAACCAUGCUUACAAAUAUCCUCCUAGAUCAGGUAACUACUUCGGGAGUCACUUCAUCAUGGGCGGCGAGAGGUUUGACACCCCUCAGCCUGAAGCAUACUUGUUUGGAGAAAAUGCUGAUUUGAAUUUUCUAGGCAGCAGACCCACACCUAUAUGUCCUCAGUUCCCGUACCCCCCGCCACAGUCUAAUGAGCCUACGAAAACGUUAAAAAGUUUAGUGAAUAUACGCAAGGAGUCUUUACGUUUUGUUCGUUGCCCUGAGCCUGUUGGUAAGCUGGCGGAGAACAAGAUUGGAGAUGGGAUGAUCAAGUCUGUGGACAAUAAUGGCAAAGGGACGUAUUACAAUAUUGAGUUCACAUUUGACUGUGAUGCGAGAUGUGCCAUUACCGUAUUCUAUUUUUGUACCGAAGAAGUUACUCCCACUGGUGUUGUUUAUUACCCACGCGAUCCAGCAAUGAAUUCUCAGACAUACCACUACAAGAAGGGUGCAAAUCAGCAGUUCUGUCAAAUUUCACACGUAUUCGACCCGUCCAAACAUCCUGAGGAGGACUUGGUGUACAACGCAGACAGGGAGAUCAUACCUAUCGCGAUAUACUGCGUCGUUGAUGAAGGACAGGAAGAAAUAAGGCAGUCUCACACCACGAUAGCGGUGGUGGAGAAGCACUCGGACGGCACGUACGUGCUGAAGGCGCUCAAGCAGAAACUGUUCGUUGACGGCCUGUGCUACCUGCUGCAGGAGAUCUACGGCAUCGAGAAUAAGAACCUUGAUACUAAGCCGAGUUCAGACGAGGAGACAGAAGACGGCGGGUCAGAGUGCGUGAUCUGCAUGUGCGACGUGCGCGACACGCUGAUCCUGCCGUGCCGCCACCUGUGCCUGUGCAACUCGUGCGCGGACUCGCUGCGCUACCAGGCCAACAACUGCCCCAUCUGCCGCGCGCCCUUCCGCGCGCUGCUGCAGAUCCGCGCGCUGCAGCGCCGCGCCGACUCCGCGCCGCCCGCGCCGCCGCCCACUGAUGGCAGCACAGAGAACAUCCCGGCGGGCUACGAGCCGGUGUCGCUGCUGGAGGCGCUGAACGGGCCGCACCCCGCCCGCGCGCUGCCCGCGCCCCGUCCCGCGCCCGCCAUCGCCAGCCCCGACACCGACACCGCAUCGCAGGCAGCAGAAAUUUUGAACCGUUGCAAUUUAGAGCGCAGUUCGUCUACGAGUUUGGGCAGCAGCGGCAGCAGGAAAGCCAAGAGUGGUUCCAAGGAUGACGUCAAAAGUGUACGCGACAGGUCUGCUGCACAAACUGUUACGCCUGAGUUCCGCAUGUCAGUGCUGCUGGCUCGUGAGGAGGAAGCGAAACGCGCGGAGGAGAAGGCGGCUGCUAACAGUCCGCUGCUUUACAACCAUCAUAUCGUUAAUGGAGAUAAGAUUUCGAAGUCGUCCCUGAGCCUGGAGUACGGGUGCGCGGCGGAGGCGUCGGGCUCGGAGGACGAGGCGCGGGCGCCCGCCGAGCCCGACAGCGACGCCGAGCGACUCUCGCCGCUACUCACGCAGCCCACGCCUAACGGGACGGUAUGCAGCGGCGCGGGCGUGUCCCCCAGCGGGUCUGCGCUGCGGCUGUCGGCGCCGACGCUCGCGCACAUCGACGACACCGACACCGACGAGCCCGACAACAAGCACAACUCGAGCGGAACACAGUCUCGUAACGAUGUGGAGUCGCCGGCAGUCGCCGAGGACUCAGAUUAUUUCACGCCGGAAGACACCAACACGACCAUUCUGACCGUUCCUAAGACGAACAAACUUGCAGAGCCGACUAACAAUGGAGAUUGCACUCCCCAGCGCUGGGCCUUACCGCACCACGUCACAUCACUGCCCGGAACACCUUUAAGCCAGUCCAGCGUGCGUUCAUCAGGCGACUCGUACAGCUCGACGUCGUCCACGCGGCAGCUACUCGCCCCCGUGGCGGGGUCGCCGCUGGCCACCGACACCGCGUGCUAGCGCCCAAAGCGUCGCCCGCCGCUCUGCCGCCCUACUGAACUGUAUAAUCACGUCGAGUAUACGUUGCCGCCUUACUAACUUCACUUUCAUCUACAGCAUGAGUUAAAAGCAAUAGUACUGUGGAUUUAGAGGCUUGCAGCGGUCACUUACAGGACUAAAAUUUGCCAUAUAAAUAGUUUGCAUAGCUUUACAGCACCUCUAGCGCUCAUCUACGGAACUAAAAUUUGCCAUACAAAAAUGUAUGUAAUCGAUUACGAGUAUCGACAAUACUAUUGCUUUUAACUCAUAGUAGAGGUAUAUGUCUCGUCAAGUAUCUUUGCUUGUCCGAAGUUGGUUAAUAGAGUAUUCAUGAUAAUCAAAUAAGAGUGCACAUGCACAAGGCUUUAAACGACUAGCUUCGGAAAAGCAAGGUAAUUUAGCGAGAACUGUAUACUGUCCGAUGUAUCUUGGUGGGUCUGUAACAUUUUUGAGUUGUAUUAGACAGGUAUGAAAUUGUCUAUGUAGUAUGUGUUAUGGUGAAAUUUGCCAAUUUACUUUGCAAUAGAAAAUUUGGUCCUAAAAGAUUUGUGAAGCCAAUUUCCUAGUUUCAGGCUCGCCAAGGUACCUUAUACGUACGUUAGUAGAAUGCCAUAUUCAACGUGUAAAAUGCUGGUGUAGCGCGUAGUCGGUGAGUUCGCGACCAUAAAUAUCUUCUACUCUUGACUUUCAUAGACAAUACAUGUAUGUACGUAAUAUAUCGGGAAAACUGUUAAUAUUACACUGAAACUGUGUUGGACAGACUAAUCAUCUGUAUUGCAGCUAAAAUAAGUUUUAUUUAGGUAUAUUCUGGCAGAUAAAUUAAUGACGUAAAUAAUAAUAAACACAACCAACCCCCAACAUAGACAAGUGUGCGCUUCGCAAUGCUUUUUUUUGUCAAUUUUGUUUGUAUCUGAACAAAGUGUUGAAAGAAAUUGUAUUACUUUUAUUUUGGUACAAUGGCCCUCGUUAGGCAGGUGAAACCGCGGGUAAUAGUAAAAGCAAAUGUUUACUUCAGCUUGCCAAGUAAAAUGUAAAUUAUACAGUGGGUUGAAUUUAGUUUGUAUAUAUUUGCAUAAAUGACUACACCCACAUCCGUCCCUACUGCAUGUUAUAUGUACUGGAAAUGAAAAACUGUCUAGAUUUUUCUUGACAUUUCAGUUGCCUUUAUGCUCAAUUUAUGUUAUUUUUAGGUAAUAAAUAAAACAAAUAUUAUAUUCUUUUUGUGAACAAUAUCAAUAUUAUAGGGUUUGCUUGGGCCAUUGCUCUCUAAAAUGACUUCUAAAUAGAAACUUAAAUAUUUUGCAAGCAGUCCAAGUCAGCCAUGAUUUUAUAUAGGUAGUUAGUAUCAAUUUCUCAUAUUAAUAUUAAAUGUAUAGGGUAUUAUUAAUAAAAUAUGCCAAUAUUGGUUUAACAGCUUGUUUUUCUUAUGUGAUGGACCUUCAAGGUAAUGAAUCUAUUUUGUAUGUAAUUUUAAGAAAUAUGCCCAUAUUAUGCAGGCAUUAUGUAAAAUGUAUUUUAUGUAAGAUAUUUGAGGUAAUAUAAUGCAUCAUAAUAGUAUUCCAUCUGAGUGUGUAUAAAAUUCAGUAGGACAUUAUUCAUAGACUGAUCAAGAACAUUCCUCUAUUGAAUCUCAAAUGGUAUGAAAUAUGUAACAGUGGUUCAGUUGAGAAUCAUUUCUGUAGCUAUAAAAUUGUGUAUUCUAUCAUAUAGCUGUAAAAAGUGUAUUAUUUCAUUAAAAUAAACUCUAAUAAUGUAAAA